GUUCUGGAGCUGGUCUCCAUCGCAGACUGGGAUUUGCUUUUGGACCUGAAAGACCCUGCAGGCCGGGGGUGCAGUGGCCUUCUUGUGGGAUUCUACCUGCUGAGCUUUUAUUUUUUGAUAACACUAUAUCCUGCUGCUGGCAGCGCAGGUUUAACCAGGGCGGGACCUCCUGUAAGCUUUUCAACCAGAGGAACCGGAUUCACUCUGUGGACUCAGAGGUCAUCCCACUGACCAACUGUGAGCGAGGCCAUGUAUCAGGCAGCUGUGUCCAAGCGAGCCGACAACACCAUCCACAGCGGGGUCAUGGAGGAGUCAGAGGUCUGUUCCCUGCCUGUGGGAAUUGUGAGGAAACAAUUUGAGACCCAGGAAAGAACAACAUCACAAAAUGUAACCCAGUUCCAUUUCCAUCACAGAACUGUGCAGGAAACAUCAAACUCGGAGGUGACAGUGUCGAGCAGCAGCAGUCACGUUGUCCCAGGCAGUCAGCAUCUAGACUUCAACCAGGAAACCAUGGUAUCAUACAGCAACAGUAACCUAGCAUCUGGUUAUGAAAACCAUCAACAUGAAACAGAAGAGGAUGAGUUUCCCAGGUACACUACAAAAGAACUGAGGGAUCGCUUUGAAAGAACAAUAGAAGAGGCUGCCCCACAAAAAACAGUUAAGAUCGGACGUGACAUCAAUCGAAGUAAGUGGUCCUCAAAUGUGACCCAAAACAAUGUUGUCACUUGUGAGGUCUAUGAAGCAUCUGGUACUGAAUCAAAAGACACAACAGCUACAGUGAUGGAUUAUGCGGACUUCCCACCCCCACCUGCCGAGGAUUCUGACUAUCUUCCACCCCCGCCCCCCGAUUUACUACAGAUGCCAUUAGAAGAUCACAAUAUUCCAGACAGCCGUUACUCACCUGAGCCUCCAGAGAUGCCAAAUCCCAUAUACCCCGUCAACAGAGAUGCUCACUUCAAGCAGAGGAGUAUGAAUGAGCUAAAACGUCUUUACAAACACAUUCAUCCUGAGGUUCGUAAGAAUAUUGAGAAAGAUUACAGCAAUGAAACUGAGAGCAACCAGUUUGAGAGCAAGGAGUACGUGUAUGAGGAUGACGGUGGAAGUCCUGAUGAGAUGAAUGAUGACGAAUAUGGGGAAUGGGAAGACGUUCUUCCUGGUGAGGUGCAGGCAUUGCGUUGGAGGUUUGAGAAUAAGGCGCUGGACACGAUCAGAAAUGAAACACCCGAUGAGGAUGAUGAUGUCAAGAAAAUUCAACAGGAAAUAAUUCUUGGCAAAGAUGUGAGACACACAGCUUGGAUGUUUGAGACAAAGCCAAUUGAGGAGCUGGGCUCACAAAACCCCAACUCAACAGAAUAUAAAAAUAAAUCUAACAAAUUAGACAAAGGAGAUGUCCGUGCUGCAGCAUGGUUGUUUGAAACCCAAACUAUGGACACUCUCAACAAAAUGCACAAGGAGGAGGAUUUAACAAAAGAGAUUGUGUUCACAGAAGAGGAUGAAAAUGCCACCAUUUACAUGAUUGACAACAAAUACAUGGAAAGCCUUGGGCACACUGAGACCAUUGAUGAGAGCCACCUGCUGAGUCUACGGGCUGUGUUGGAGGAAAUUAAUGAAGAUGUGAAAACUGUGACAAGUACUUUUGACACUCAGUUUAAAUGCAUCCUUAUGGGUCAAUCAAGCCAGAUGUUAGAGAUAAAGUCUGUGCGCAAAAUUGAAACUGAAUUGGAAAACUCUAUUGGCUCACGUUGGCUUUUCGAUACUCAACCCCUGGAUAUGGCAAACAUAGAACCUACACCUCUAAAACUUGUAUGUAGUCUUUCCAUGGAGGACAGCAACAAGGGAGACUGGGGCAGGUGGCUGUUUGAGAUAAAGACAUUAAAUUCUCUCAGUGAAUGGGAAUGCUCAGAAAUGGAGAAAAAGGAGAUAACUGGAGCUGAUGUGCGCAAACAUUGCCUUGUGUUUGAAACUCAAACAAUAGAUUCUCUGAAGGAUGAGUCCAACACCAGAUCUCAGUGUCUUGAAGAAAUUAUUGGAGGCAAUGUUAGAUCUGCACGGAAUUUUUUUGAAAGCAGCCCUCAAGUAGCCAGAAAGAACUGUCCUGAGGUUGGAAAACUUAAAAAGGCAACAGUAAAUGAAGAAGUAAAAGGGGAUGUGCGUCACCAAAAGUGGCGCUUUGAGAGUCAACCUCUAGAGUACAUAAGAGAUGAGAAGAAAGAGUUUACACGAACUGUGAAUAUUGAGGAAGACCUCACACAGGAGGAUGGCACAAGCUGCAGGGCAGAUGUCCGUAAGAAUUGCUGGGUAUUUGAGACACAACCAAUGGAUACCUUAAAAGAUGAUUCAAAUACACGGACUUCGACGAAAGAGGAAAUCAUUGCAGGUAAUGUGAGAUCAGCCAGAAAUUAUUUUGAAACGAUUCCAACUGAUGAGCUGAAAGAACUUGCAGAGGUGGGCAAACUUCAAAAAUCAGUAGCACUAGAUGAGGAAAAAGGUGAUGUCAGACAUCAGAAAUGGCGAUUUGAAUGCCAACCCCUGGAACAGAUUAGGGAGGAAAAGAAAGAAGUCAUUCGAACAAUCGACUUGGAAGAAAUUGAUAAAGUGGACGUCUCAAACUACAAGCAAAUCUUUGAGAGCACAGAUUUAACCAUGAGAGAUGAAUCUCAAAAGAUUCUCAUAGAGGGUGUAAAAUCUGGCUCUGUGAAAUCAAAUAAAAACCUAUUUGAGUCUACUCAACUUUAUGCUAUGGAAGACAGCUCAGGCCAUAUCCAUGAGGUGAGAACAGUGCGGCGUGAAGAGGUGGUUAAAGGAGAUGUGACAACCUGCAAGUGGAUGUUUGAAACACGGCCAAUAGACCAGUUUGAUGAAAGCAUGACUAAAUACCAAAUUAUCAAGGGCAUCUCCAAACAAGAAAUAGAAUCUGGUGAUGUUAAAACUGCAAAGUGGUUGUUUGAAACACAGCCACUUGAUGCAAUUAAAUACUUCAGCAAUAUUGAAGAUGAAGAAAAUGUGGUCAUAUGUACAAAUCAAGAUAUCAUGAGGGGCGAUGUGAAAACCUGUAAGUGGCUAUUUGAGACUAAACCGAUGGAGGAUCUAAAUGAAAGAGUCGAAUUAAAGGGUGACAGUGAAUCUAAAGAAAUGAGCAAGGGCGAUGUCAAAACCUGCACAUGGCUCUUUGAAACGCAAGCACUUGAUAUGAUCCAUGAUGAGUCAGAGACAGUACUGAAGACAUGCACAGUGAAUCAAGAGGACAUUACAGGAAAGGAUGUAAGAACGGCUUGUUUUCUCUUUGAGACAGAGAAACUGGAGAACCUCACGGGAGAGGAGUCGGACUCUUUUAAGCGUGUCACACAGAUAGACAUUGCAUCAGGAGAUGUGUCAAGGAUGAAGUAUGUUUUUGAAAACCAAACAUCUGAUAUCAUGACUUCCACAUCUGAGGAAGUGAUGCAAAAGCUCAAAAGAGUGCAGAUCGAGGAAAUGCAAAAAGGAAAUGUGGGCACCUGCAAAUGGCUCUUUGAAAACCAAUCCAUUGAUACAAUACAUGAUAUUCAAGAGGAAUCUAAGAGCAGUCGCACAGUAAAUGAUGUACAAGGAGGAGAUGUAGACAAGGGCCGUUUAAUUUUUGAGACAUACUCAUUGGAUAAAAUCCACGAGGAGACAGACACAGAGCUGAUGAAAAUGCAAAGAAUUGUUUGUGAUAAAGAUGAGAUGGGUGAUGUCAGAAAUUAUACCAUGAUGUUUGAAACUCAGCCCCUUUAUGCUAUUCAGGACAAAGAGGGCCAUUACCAUGAGGUUACCACCGUCACAAGUGAAGAGGUAACAAGAGGAGAUGUAGUGGGAACCCGUUGGUUGUUUGAAACCAAGCCUCUUGAUGCUAUCAAGGACACAGACGAGGUUUAUAUAAUCAAAUCUGUCACACAACAAGAUGUGCAAAAAGGAGACGUCUCCUCUGCCAAGUGGAAAUUUGAGACACAACCUCUUGAUAGGAUUGCUGAAGAGAAGAAGACUUUGAUAAAAACUGUUGAUGACAUUCAAGGAGGAAAUGUAAGAAUGAAUAAACACCGUUUUGAGUCGGAUGCCUUGUCACAGGAUUCUGUUAGAACAGUUAAUGUGAGUGAAAUACAAAAAGGUGAUGUUAGGACUGCAAAAUGGAGAUUUGAAACACAGUCUAUUGAUAAAAUAAGAAGCAUGAGCUCUGAAAAUCUGAUUGAAUCUGUUAAAAAGGAAGAGGUCGCAAAGGGAGAUGUCAAAAAUUCAGUCUGGCUUUUCGAGAAAAAUCCCCUUGACCACAUCAAAGAGGCAGACGAGAAUGAGGAAACUGUUGUCACUCAAGAGGAGAUUCCCAAAGCGGAUGUUAAGACAACAAGAUGGCUCUUUGAAACUACACCAUUUGAUGACUUUAAUGAGACAAAAAUGGAAAAAACGGAAAUUCUCGGCAAGAGUGUCAAGGGAACGCUUGAGGAGCUUUAUAGUCAGAAAAUGGUGACGUCAAAGGGAAUACUCAUUGAAAGUGAUGAAAUUGGUGAUGUUAGGAUGGCAAAAUUUCAGCUUAUGAAUACGCAGGCCCCAGAGAUUCAGCGAGAGGAAGUCAUCAGGGGAGAUCUACAGACUAUUAUGAUGAAUCUACUAAACAGACAGGAAAGAAAUGAGCAGCAGAUAGUCAUAGAUUCAGAGGAGAAGGGUAAUAUUAGCACAACUGUGCAGCAGCUAUUCAAUCAAGAUAGAGACAGCAGUGUUGAAAGGGAGGAAAUAUUAAGAGGUGAUAUUCAGGAAGCCAUUAACAACCUUUUCAGUGCGGACAGUUUGGCAAAACAUGGAAUACUCAUCCAAGAGGAUGAAAAAGGAGAUGUACAGAUGACAAUAUAUUCUCUUCUCAAUCAGCAACAGAAUAUUAAUCUUGAAAAAGAAGACAUCGUGAGAGGUGAUAUAAAGCGGGCUCUACAGAGACUGUCCAGUGCAGACAAGACAGGCCAGGCAGUGAAAAUAAAGGUGGAUGACGCUGAAAAAGGAAAUGUCAACUUUUACUCCACAUGCAUUGAAUCUGGUGCAAUGGAGUAUCUCAAACAGCUUCAUUUAGGACCUGAUGAUACAUCAGCUGACAGAGUAGAAAAAGAAAAGAUUGUUGGAGGUGACAUCAAGGGUACAAAACUCAUCCUCAGUCAUAAUCAAAUGCAAAUUGAGCGCACAGUAGAGGAUGUGAUACCUGGUGAUGUUCACAACGCAGUUAAAGUCUUCAUGACAGAGCCAACUGUCUCAUUUGAGAGACAAAAGGAGGAGAUUGUCAGGGGAGAUUUAAGAGCUGCUCUGAAUUCACUCUCUCAAUCAGCAAAUCAGACAGUUGUUGUGGAGAAAGAGGAGGUGAUAAAGGGCAAUAUACCAAAAACUCUACGAUGUCUGGAGAAGUGUCAGAAGCGUUCCAAAGAUGUGGAGAAGCCAGAUAUCAUACCGGGAAAUAUCAAGGGGACUCUGAGAUCUCUUGAGAAAUCAGCAACAUCAAAAGUUAAAGUUGAUGUUGAGGAAUUAGUUGCUGGAGAUGUGAAGGCCUCGCUGAAAUCUCUGGAGCUGGCAAAGCAAGCAGUGAGGGAAGUUGAAAAGGAGGACAUUGUAAGGGGUGAUAUUCACACAGCAAUGCAAAACCUACAAGAUGCUUCUAGUGAAAGAAUAACGUGUCAGCAGGAAAUAGAUGUGCAGGGAGACGUCAGAGGAACAAUUCAACUCUUCAUGGAGUCUCCACCUUCACCAACGAUGCAGAGGAGGAGCCCAAGCCUCGAGGGUGAAGUGAAGGGUGAUGUCAAGAUGUCAAUCAAAUCAUUAUAUGAGACACAGGAGCAAACCCAGCUGGAGAAAGAAGAAGUUAUAAAGGGUGAUGUUAAAGGCACUAUUAAAUCACUUAUGGAGACAGCACAGCGUGAAACUCCCAAAGUCAGACUUGGAUCACACAGAAGAGUUCGCGUUAAACAAAGCCCUCCUGUUAAAAAUCUCAAUGUUGAUACACAGAGGAACAUACAAAAGCUAAAAACAGCUAAAUCAGUUGAGACAUCAAAAGUAAAUAAAUCCUUGAAUGAAACUCAAACUGCUGGAGUCAAGUCAAGUACGGUGGUGCAGUCUUCUCAACAAUCAACAACUGUGGUGGAGCAUAAAACCAUAACCCAAAAACAUGACAUUAAAACAGUAAAAACAGAGUUUCGUAAUCUGAAAUCUAGUUCAAAGGGAAUGAAGAAAACCAAAGUGAAAACUGAUGUUUACAUUUUACAAUCACAAGUACCAGAGCCUGACCUGCCUCUCCCACCUCCACCUGUCGUAGAUACUGAGCUUCCUCCUCCUCCUCCUCCCCCUCCUCCCACUGUUGAUUCUGACAUUGAUCACCUUCCUCCUCCUCCUCCUCCCCCACCACUUACCAGUGAGCAGGACUUCCUCCCACCUCCUCCAUCUCAACAGGAAUUGGAGAGUCUGCCAGCACAGGCAAUUCAUCCAGCAAAAGCAAAAAAGAUGACAGUCAAGAAAGUGAAGGCUCCUGCUUUACACCCUGUCCCCAAACUGGAGACUAAAGUGGAAUUCAGUAAGACGCAACAGAUGAAAGCAACAUCAGCUAAAGUAGUUGAAAUAAACCAAAACCAAUCAGAGAUGACAACAACACAUUCAAAGACUGUUUCAUGUAAAAUCCCUCCACUGCCUGAGUCACCACAGCCAUUAAAGAAAGUUUACGUCUCACCUGUAAAAUUCACCCCUCCACCCUCUCCUCCUCCCUUCAUGAGAGGGAAAAUGAGUAAAUUUACCACUCCUCUGAUUAAAGCAGAAGAAAAAUUCCGGAAGCAGAAAGAGGAAAACACCCCCCCAACCACUCCAACUCCCACUUAUAUACAUGACUCAGUUACAGCUGCUCUUGAAAUGCUUUCCAACAACAAUAUAGCAGAAAUCACACAGCAAAGAGCUGACAUUACAGCUUUCAAUGUUGAUUCAGACUCACUACUAUAUGAUUUAUCCAAGCAUGCUGUUAGUACUACCCACGACGGUGCCAGUCAUGAGAAAAUGUUCACAGAUUCUUCAAUUAUGUCUACUGCUUCACAGCAAAUUGUCUCCAAUGAGACGUCUAAAGUUAUCUCGAUUCAAAAGACAUCAUCUGCCUCAUCUGUGAGACAGCACGUGCAUACAACACUACAGAAAACAGAUUCCUUCGAACAGUCUGGUGCAUCUGUCAUUACUGAUAAAGUUCACACCUCAAACACUGAUGUGGCAAAUGCAGGAAACAUUACUGCAGAUAGAAAGAAAGACUCACAAAUUCAGACAACAAAGGGCCCCAACAGAGCUGAAGAUAAAAAGGAAGACAAAAUGUCCAAUCAAAUAGUAAAACCUGAAAUAUCUGUCAAUGCUGAAGUGAAUGUAACAUUAAGCACAUCACUGUCUGAGAGCAAGAAGACUACAGACAAAGCAUCCAAAUUACCCAAUAACCUUCAGUCCUCCAAAAAAGCAAAUGCCAUUUCAGAUAAAAAUGUAAAGGAGUCCAAAUCACCGCAGCGUGAGAGCAAAAAGAAAAAUGAUCAUUCUCCUACAAAGAGUCAGGAGAGAGUUUCUGAUCAGCCAAUGCAAAUGACAGCUGCCAACACAGAUGGUAAAACAGGCAAACCAAAUCAAAAGGUGAAAAAGAACAACAAACAAGAAAAGCAACUAGAGGCAAAACUGUCCAGUGAGAGUGAAAAACAGACAGUUUCAGAGGAUCUAAAGGUGGAAACAACUGAUUCGAAAGUGAUCAGGGAAUCUGAAGAUGUAAAAACUGAGUUACAGAGGAUUAAGAAAGUUACUGCCUCUCCUGCCACUACCUCAGCUCUAGCUGUUACUGAUAUUAUAAGUGAAAGUCAACAGGAAACUCCAACUCCCACAAAGAAGAAAAAGAAGUCAAAAAAGUCUAAAGGGAGUUCACCACCAGGUAAAGGUAAAGACAUUUCCAUAGUAUCAAAGUUAGAGGCUACAGAGAUCAAGACGGUAAUGCCUGAAAAAUCCCAUCAAACUCAGAACACAGUUGCCGUUUCCCAAAUUCACAAAAGUAGAAAAGAAGAGCACAUUCAAGUCAUGAAAGAAGUCACUUUCACAGAAAGCAAAGGGCAGCAAAGUUGCCAGGAACAAAAAGGAGUUCAAAAGCACAUGAAGACAUCGGAAAAGAAGAAAGGAAGGACAGUUAUUCAGCAGAGCACAGAGGAACCACAACAAGAAAGUAGGGCUGUCCCAAUCACAGUGGCAGACAAGUCAGAACAAAAUAAGUUGGCCACAACAGGAACACUCAAGGAAUCUCCGCUUCAGAAAGAAAUCUUCACAGAGAUACAUGAUUCAAAAUAUUUAAAGACUCUGCUCAAUACUGUCCCAGAUUGGCUUAUAAGUCCAGAGAGAAAAUGUGAGCUGGAGGGAUCUGUGGUGAAAAGUGAUGCACAUGAAAAUCAAGAAAUUAUCUCACAUGUGGUGACAGCAGCAGAGCCUAAGCUAGAAGAUUAUGAGACAAUGGAGAAGCAUGAAUGUGAGUCGGUUUCUGAGAAGGGCAUUUGUGGUGGAGCCACAGCAAGAAUAUCCAAGAUCAGUAUUGGUUCUGCCAAAAUUGAGAACCAAAUAAUUAAAAAUACAUCUCAAGAAAAAAGAACAGAAGAUGUCAGUCAGUGCAAGCCUUUUGACUUCCGUGCACUCUCACCAUUACUGAGGAUGCGUUCACCAUCACCAACAUUUAUCACCAUUGAAUCCACACGAAGAACCGACUCACCCCAGAGGGUAACUCCUUCACCAACCCUGCUGCACCGGCCCCCCACACCUCCCACACCACCACCACGCAGAUGUGACACCCCAACAUCACGCCUCACAAGAAUCACACCUUCCCCAACUUUUGACAGAGCAGAAAAUUUGGCUCGACUGAAAGACACGAUGGCCAAGCUCUCACGUGGUGUCACCCCACCGCCCCUUCUCUCUCCACAACAGAUCUCGGAGAAGAAAUCAGAGAUUGUAGAAUCACCGCCAUCAUUCCAUCGGCAAAUCAAAAUUGAGUCCCAAGUUUUGGAGUUUCCAGGGAUGUCAUUUGAAAAGCCAAAAGUGAGUUUAUCUGAGGCACAUGUAGGAGAAGAGCUAGCUAAUAUUUUCCAAGGUUUAAAUGCAAGCGAGACACAGAGCAAGUCUGAGAAUCACUCGCUGUUGUUUCAAAAUGAUCCAGAUCUCAUUGAUGAUUCAGAUAUGUCAGAGCCAUCAGCUGCAUCUGUCAAGGAAAAGAGAGAGUUUUUUGAAGAGGCUCAAAAGGCUGAAAUUAAAAAGGCCUACGUGCGAAAGGAGCCUAUUGCUAUACCUGAACGACUGGGCCCAGACCUGGAGGAGAGUGUUGCAGAAAAUCUGAACAAAGAAAAGGAUGAGCUUCCCAGGGCAGACCUGUCGGGUCUAGUAAACAUAUUUGAAUCUCCACAAGAGAACAUUUAUAUCAAAAAUGAGAUUAUCCCACCCACAGAGUGGCUUCACAGUGAUAGUGAAAGCACAGAUUGCGACAAAGAGAUAGUAGAUGUCCUGGAAGAGAGAGUGCCAACUUUUGACAUCCAAGCAAUUAAAAAUGUUUUUGAACUGGGUGAGCAAAGUUUCUCAUUCAGAGAGGAGGAAAAAGAUCAGGAGGAGCCCAAGUCAAGCCUGAGUGAAACAACAGUCGACACUUCAAAGCUGGAAAGUCCCCAAGAGACGAAGGGAGGCACACAGCAGAGCAUACCCCUCCCUCUAUUGAAAUAUGAGGCAGAAGCUGUGCCAGCAGAACCAUCAGCCUUCUCUGGAGCCAAAUCAAUCACAGAACAUUUCUCAGAUGUUGACGAGUUUGGUAACCAGGUCAUUGGAUCAAGGACAGCUGUGACCAUGCACUCUGAGAGCGUUUCAAUUCAAAAGGCGCCUUUCUCCUAUGCUGAUGCAGUUAAACAAAAAACUUUGGCAGUGAGGCGAACAGACACGUGUGAUGAAGAUGCCACUGAGAAGCUGCUGAGGAAUUUCCACCAGACUUGGUCAGAGAGUGAGGCAGUUUUCAAAAGUCUUGGUUUCACUGUGUCAGAGGAGUCAACAUCGCAAGUUAUAUCACAACAGACGACUUUCUCAUCUGGUUCGAGUUCCGAAGUCGGAGCUCUGCACAGUAUGUCGGAAGAGAACUUAUCCAAUGGAUGCUCUGAUAGUGGACAAAAAAAAGUACCAUAAAUGCUGUUUCUGCUGUGAGCACUGCAAAACUAAAUUAAGCCUAGGAAAUUAUGUCUCUCUCCAUGGACACUUCUACUGCCUGCACCAUUACAAACAACUUCUCAAGUCCAAAGGGAACUACGAUAAUGGACUUGGGCAAAAUCCUCCCUCAGGAAGUGGAGGUCCUAUCCUCUCAGAUGAGAAACUUGAAUGGAGAUAUUCCAUGAGUAGCAUAAGUUCA